UCUUGCCAAUUUUCAGAAAAUAAAUGUCACUGUUUGUUUUGGUUUGAGGUUAUAAUAUCUCGUGUUUAAAAAUAUUAUUUUUUGGCAGGCAGCUAAGAGAAAUAAAUUGAUUUGGAAAAAUGUCCAGACGACCAGAGCAUCAAGCGCCACCUGAGCUCUUUUAUAAUGAAGAGGAAGCCAGAAAAUACACACAAAAUUCUCGUAUUAUAGACAUCCAAGCACAGAUGACGGAAAGAUGUAUCGAAUUACUGUUACUGCCUGAGGAUGAACCCUGUCUGCUGCUGGAUAUCGGCUGCGGCUCCGGUCUGUCUGGAGCUGUGCUGGAAGAAAAUGGCCAUAUGUGGAUUGGCAUGGAUAUUGCUCCCGCUAUGCUCGAUGUAGCAAGAGAACGGGAGUCUGAAGGUGAUCUGGUUCUGGCAGAUAUGGGAGAAGGUGUUCCAUUCAGAGCUGGUUGUUUUGAUGGAGCUGUCUCAGUGUCAGCCAUACAGUGGCUCUUUAAUGCUGAUAAGAAAUCACAUCAUCCUGUGAAGAGGCUGUACAAAUUCUUCAGCACAUUAUAUGCCAGUUUGUCUAGGUCAGCAAGAGCUGUGUUCCAGUUUUACCCAGAGAAUGAGAGCCAGUUGGAACUCCUCACCCAACAGGCUAUGAAGGCAGGUUUUUACGGAGGUGUGGUCAUUGAUUACCCUAAUUCUGCCAAGGCUAAGAAGUUCUUCCUUGUGCUCAUGACAGGUGGUUCUGCACCAUUGCCAAAAGCUUUAGGCACAGAUGAUGCUGAAGACAGUCUUCAGGUGAAAUAUGCAAAGAGGGAAGCAUCAAGAAAUGCUAGAGGCAAACCUCUGAAGAACACAAGAGCUUGGCUUCUAGAGAAAAAAGAAAGAAGGAGAAAGCAAGGGAAGGAAACCAAACCAGACACCAAGUACACUGGCAGGAAGAGAAGUGGACGGUUCUGAAGAAAACUUUUAUGGUUAAGCUUUUAUUGUAUAUUAUUAUAUUAUAAGAAUCUAAUAGAAUAUUAUUUAAAAAUG